AAAAAAUUAAGAAAUAGUUAAAGCAUAUAUCCAAAAUGAAGAUCAAAAUCCUCUACUUUUACUUCAUACUUCUUCCCUUGGCAUUCGCGGACUUGAAGGUUGGAUUUUAUGCAUCCUCGUGCCCAAAAGCUGAGUCCAUUGUGAAGAAAGUGGUGCAGAAUCGAUUCAAUCGUGACAAAUCCAUUACUGCAGCCUUGCUUCGCAUGCAUUUCCAUGACUGUGCUGUCAGAGGUUGUGAUGCAUCCAUACUCAUAAACUCUACCAAGGCCAACACGGCGGAGAAAGAAGCCGGAGCCAACGGCAGCGUCCGGGGCUACGACCUCAUCGACGAAGCGAAGAAAACCCUAGAGGCAGCAUGUCCUUCAACCGUGUCCUGUGCAGACAUCAUAACCCUAGCCACCCGAGACGCCGUGGCCUUAUCCGGAGGACCCCAAUACGACGUUCCGACGGGAAGACGCGACGGAUUAGUCUCCAACAUCGACGACGUCAACAUUCCAGGACCCAACACUCCCGUGUCCGUGACAUCACAGUUUUUCGCGAGCAAAGGCAUAACAACACAGGAAAUGGUGACCCUUUUCGGAGCACACACCGUUGGUGUCGCACAUUGUAGUUUCUUUGAUGGUAGACUCUCGGGGGCGAAACCUGACCCUACUAUGGACCCUGCGUUGAAUGCUAAGUUGGUGAAGUUGUGCAGCUCCAGAGGGGAUCCUGCUACACCUUUGGAUCAGAAGAGUUCUUUUGUUUUCGAUAAUGAGUUUUAUGAGCAGAUUCUUGCCAAGAAAGGGGUGCUUCUGAUUGAUCAGCAGCUUGCGUUGGAUGCGACUACCAAAGGGUUUGUGUCGGAUUUUGCUGCGAAUGGGGAUAAGUUUCAAAAGGGUUUCGCAAAUGCGAUUGUAAAGAUGGGGGAGAUUGAUGUCCUGGUUGGAAAUCAAGGUGAAAUCCGCAGGAAAUGCUCGGUUUUCAACCGCAACUAGAUUAAACCGUAACUAUCUUCCAUCCCAUCUAUAAAAUAUUAAGUUAUAAUAUAUUUUAUACUA